CUCCUUAGUCCCGAAGAAAACCGUCUCUCUUCUCUCCCCCCCUUCCCCCUCCCCCUCUCUCAAUCUUCCCUUUCCGUCUCUUCUCAUCACUGCAAUUCACGCCGGCCAUGCAAGAAACAGAGUUGCACGACCUGUCCGACGACUCCGAUUACGCCGCCUCUCAACAGCAGGGUUCCGCGAGCUUGAUGCGGAGUGACAAUAGCAAACGGAGCUCCCCGGGUGAGUCGGACGGCGCCGAGGUUGUGUAUUUGAAAGAUAAUGUGACGAUUCAUCCCUCUCAGUACGCGUCGGAGAGGAUUAGCGGUAGAUUGAAGUUGAUCAAGCAAGGGUCCCCUCUUUUCAUGACAUGGAUACCUUAUAAAGGGCAAAGCUCAAAUCCGAGGCUGUCAGAGAGAGACAGGAAUCUUUAUACCAUCAGGGCAGUGCCAUUUACAGAUGUCCGAUCAAUUCGUAGGCACACUCCGGCACUAGGGUGGCAAUACAUAAUUAUUGUGCUGUCAUCAGGGCUAGCAUUUCCUCCCCUUUACUUCUACAAUGGAGGAGUCAAAGAAUUCCUUGCCACAAUAAAGCAGCAUGUUUUUCUUGUGAGGUCAGCGGAUGAUGCAAAUGUAUUUCUUGUGAAUGAUUUUCAAGAUCCUCUGCAGAGAACUCUGUCUUCUUUGGAGUUGCCUGGGGCUGUUGGUGUUACAAAUAGGCUGUCCUCAACUGCUAUAGCUGGUGGGUCCCCCACAAAUGAAAACCAAGAAAGGAAUGAAGGAGGUCCUUCCAAUGGAAGUUCCAGUCAAAUUCAGCAUAAAGGAAGAUAUAGGCAAAAGGUUCAGGAUCCUGCUCGAGAUAUUUCAAUUCAAGUAUUGGAGAAGUUCUCUCUUGUUACCAGACUUGCUCGGGAAACUACUUCACAUCUUUUCCGGGAAAAUCAUCUUGAUAGUUUCGGUGCUAUUGAGAGGCAUAGCCAGACGACUCAGAAUUACCCUAGCGGUGUUGGUUCCAAUGAUGAUGAGAAGGUUCCUGAUGAAAUUCCUGUAGCCUCAGAUCCUUUGGAGGCUCUUGAAAUGCACGGUUUCUGGUUUCCAUCAUGGAAUUUAACUUACAGCUGUUGGGAUAUGGAAUUUGAGAAUGGAUUUGAAAUCGAAAUCUUUUCCAAAGAAGUGAGGGAGUGCUCCAGAACAUUGGCAUAUUAUAUUGGACCGUAUAAUCUGGGCUGUCUGAUGGGGACAUCUAUCCUUCUUAAACAGAAACCCCUGUCUAGGGAAAGAAAUGAGGAAGAAGCUGUCACAAAUGUGGGAAAUUUUGAGCUAAUCGAUUGUAAGGAGUUUGAUAAAUUAACACUGGUAUGGGGAAAGCCACGUCAGCCUCCCUUGGCAUCUGAAGAGUGGUUGGCUUUCUUUGAUUCCGAAGGACGAAUCAUGGAUUCAGAAGCUUUAAGAAAGAGGAUAUUCUAUGGGGGCGUCGAUCACAGACUUCGGAAAGAGGUGUGGCCUUUCUUGUUGGGAUAUUAUGCAUAUGAUUCAACAUAUGCAGAGCGAGAAUAUCAUGUCUCGGUAAAAAAAUCUGAGUAUGAGACCAUAAAAAACCAGUGGCAGAGUAUAUCUCCAGAACAGGCAAAAAGGUUUACAAAAUUUAGGGAGAGGAAAGGCCUUAUUGAGAAAGAUGUGGUAAGGACUGAUAGGUCACUCUCAUUCUAUGAUGGGGAUGACAACCGAAACGUAAACCUUUUGCGAGACAUUCUGCUGACGUACUCAUUUUACAACUUUGACCUUGGUUACUGUCAGGGCAUGAGUGAUUUCCUAUCCCCAAUAUUGUUCGUGAUGAGGGAUGAGUCAGAAUCAUUUUGGUGUUUUGUUGCUUUGAUGGAACGGCUUGGGCCAAAUUUUAAUCGCGAUCAAAGUGGAAUGCAUUCUCAACUGUUUGCACUAUCAAAGCUGGUUGAGUUGUUAGACAGUCCAUUGCACAAUUACUUCAAGCAGAAUGACUGCUUGAAUUAUUUCUUUUGCUUCCGAUGGGUUCUGAUACAAUUUAAAAGGGAAUUUGAAUUUGAAAGAACAAUGCAGUUGUGGGAGGUAUUGUGGACCCAUCAUUUAUCAGAGCACCUGCACCUGUACGUGUGUGUUGCGAUUCUGAAGAGGCAUCGGCAGAAGAUAAUGGGGGAGAAGAUGGAUUUCGACACACUGUUGAAGUUUAUAAAUGAGCUGAGUGGUCAUAUAGACCUUGGUUCCAUCUUAAGGGAUGCAGAAGCUUUGUGCAUCUGUGCUGGAGAGAAUGGGGCAGCCAGCAUUCCUCCUGGGACUCCACCUUCAUUGCCCACGCAGGAAAGCUUAUUGUACCCUCUGCAAGAUGAUGAUGAAGUAUUGUAAACGUAUAUGCAUGGCUUACAAAACUAAACUGAGGAAGAUGGAUGGAUGGAGAUUGGUGCUUCAUGUAGCAAGUAUUAGUAGUAGUAGUGGUAGUAGUAGUAGUAUAUAGAUUCUGAAUGUGUUUUUCGUCUUUAUCAACGUAUUUGCUGCUAAUAAUAAUAAUAAAAUCCUGAUUGCAUUAAAA